AAAAAGACAAGUUGUAAAAAUUCGACACUAAGAAUGACAUACUCUGUGAGACAAAUUGGUGCUGCCAACACCUUGGACUACAAAGUGUACCUUGAGAAGGACGGAAAGCCAAUCUCGCCAUUCCACGACAUUCCAUUGUAUGCUGACGAGAGCAAGCAAAUUUUGAACAUGGUUGUUGAGGUUCCAAGAUGGACCAACGCCAAACUUGAAAUUUCCAAGGAGCAAAAGCUAAACCCGAUCAUCCAGGACACCAAGAAGGGCAAAUUGAGAUUUGUGAGAAACUGUUUCCCUCACCACGGUUACAUCCAUAACUAUGGUGCCUUCCCACAGACCUGGGAGGAUCCUACUACGGUCCACCCAGAGACCAGAGCCGCUGGUGACAACGACCCACUGGACGUUUGCGAGAUCGGUGAGGCUGUCUCAUACCCGGGCCAGGUCAAGCAGGUCAAGGUUUUGGGUGUGAUGGCUCUUCUUGACGAGGGCGAGACCGACUGGAAGGUGAUCGUCAUCGACGUCAACGACCCAUUGGCUCCUAAAUUGAACGACAUCGAGGAUGUUGAGAAGCACUUGCCAGGUCUUUUGAGAGCUACCAACGAGUGGUUCAGAAUUUACAAGAUCCCUGAUGGAAAGCCAGAAAACCAGUUUGCUUUCUCUGGUGAGUGUAAGAACAAGAAAUACGCCGAGGAGGUCAUUGCUGAGUGCAACAACUCCUGGAAGAAGCUGAUUGCUGGCGAGAGCUCUGUCAAGGACAUCGAACUCACCAACACCACCUUGAACAACAGUGCUACCACCGCAGACGCUGGCAUUCCUGCUGCCGACCCUAAGCCGGCUGCUCCUAUCGACAAGUCGAUUGAUAAGUGGUUCUUCAUCUCUGGUUAGUUACAUAGUCACUCUAUAUAGUUGGCAGUGGCGAUGAAAUGCCUAAUUUUAUCGAGAUCCUUCACCCCGUCCGUUUCCACUCCGCCGCUCACGUCUACUCCUAAACAUCCUUGCACCGACAACGCCAGGCGCACGUUUUCGGGCUUGAGACCGCCUGCCAGCAGGUAGACGCCCUGAUAUUGCUUGCUGAACUCUUCAGCGUCGUCCCAAUUGAUGACCUUGCCCUCACCUCCGAGCUCUGAGUCCAGCAACGGAAGUAUAUGUAGAUGUGUUCUGGUAGCCUCUGCAAUGUUGGGCUUGUUAAGCACGUAUCUGGCGAUCACGGGCAGAUCGAGAUGAUUGAUGUAGAGCGGAAAAUCCUCCGACCCGUGUAGCUGCACGAAAUCUAGCUCCAGAUCCUGCGAGAGCUUCAUGACCUCGUUUAAAGGCUGGUUUCUGAAUACCCCGACCAAAUACGGCCCGUUUUCAGUAAUCAGCUGCGCACACUGCCGAAACCACUCAGGCCCCUCGGAAUCAGAUUUUCGUACAUGCUCGAGCAGCUUUUUGGGGUCCACAAACUCACGCCCGAGCGAUCGCCGUCUCGCCCGGCACAGCCUGCUUAUCUGUCUCGCCUGCUCAGGGUCCACAGUUCUUGCUCUAUUUGGUACCACAAUUACUCCCAACAGAUGCGCCCCGCUGUCAGCUGCCACUUGAGCCUCAACGACAGACCUGAGUCCACA